CUCAACCUCAGGUUUCACGUUCAGUAGCACAUCUUCCGUUUCGGGCCUGUCCCGGCCCAGAUUCGUCAAGGUUCGGAAGCCCAACAACGCCCCCGCUUUCAAUCCAUUUCGCAACGGUGCUGCCGCCAAUGCCGCAUUUGCGAACUCCGACUUUGCUGCAGGAAUUGGCGAUCGAUUCCGGAAUCUCAAAAUCGGCGAAGGUUUCGACGCCGCACGCCACGGUGAGUUCGUGUUCGCUACUAAUACUUCUUCGCGUGUUGACGAAAACUCGGUCUCUGAACAGAUGAACAAGUUGAAGAUCGUAAAUGAAGGUGGAACAGGUUUUAACGAAUCGGACCUACGGAAUGACCUGAGGAAGAAAUUGAACAUUAAUAAAGGAAGAGGUAAUAAUGCUGCUACUGAGAACUCAACUCAUGAAGUUUUAAGUCAAUUGAAGAAUCUGAAUGUGAAUGACUCUGUUGGUAGUAAUAUUCGCAAGAGUAAAGUUGAUGCCAAACCUAGUUUGGAGAAUGUGACUACAUUUGGAAAAUGUGAAAUGGGAGCGGAUUUGUGGGAGAAAUUGGAGAAGUUAAACCUAGUUAAGGAGAAGGAGGAUUGUGCUGAACCGAAUUUGUGCGAUCCUUUUGCAGAGGCGAUUGACCGAAGAGGUGCUAGUGUUGGUGGUGCUCAAGUUAUUUCUGAAGAUAGUGGUGUGUCACAAAGUGCUGCGUCGGCUUCGUCUUCUAUGUUCUUUCAGCCCGUUGGAGUGAGCAAGGAUGAGGGAUUUGUGUUUACUGGUAAGCAAGAUAGUUCGGGCUCGUCUUUUGUUGAGUUUAAAACACCUGCACCAAAAGUUGGCAAAGAGGGAAAACUUAAGCAAAAGAGUAGCAAAAUGAGGAUGAGUAGAAGCAGAGAAAAUCUGAAGCAUUAUAGCACAACCCAGCGAUGGCAUGGAGAGGGUUUUGUUUCGAAGGAAAGUGUUUCCCAAGACCAACUACAGGGUUCACCGAUGGAUGUGUCACCAUAUCAGGAAAAACUGGCUGAAAACGAAAGGUCCAGGGAAAGUUCUUUGACAUCCGAGGAGUUAUGUAGUGUUGAUAAGAACCUCGUGGUCAAUGAUUCGGCAACAUCAUCUGUUGAUCUCAUCGACGAAGAUCUAAUUGCCGCAACAGAGAGCUUGAAUAUAAACGAGGGUGAUGUUGCCUUCAGAGACACAAACCCGGAAACUUCAGAGGAUCAAAUGCGUGCAAACAGUUGUGUUGAAGACCUGAAGGAUGAGUCAAUUUCUGGGGUUGAAACUAAAAGCUUUAAGUCUGCCGGUGAUCAAGUGGACAUAACUAGUGACGCGGCUGGUGUAUCAGGAGAAACUGAAGUCCAUAGUGAUAGCAUGUUGAAUGUCGGUAGUGCUAUGAGUUCAAGCAAAGCGAGUGAGUCUGCCUUCACGUUCGCUGCUGCUUCUUCAACUGAUGCUCAAUCAUAUAGUCCUAAAAGACAUCACAAAAAGAAAAAUGUCGGUCUCGAUUCUUACAACUACUCACCAAACAUAAAGGUUCCUUAUUCAUCAUCUACCGUGGCAUUUACUCCAUUUUCUGGAACUUCAUCUCUUUUCGCAUUAGAGCAAGGUUUAAAACCCAAGGUAUCCUCUCCUCAGCCCAAAACAAGUGAUUCUGAUGAGAAUGAGAAGGGGUUAAAGGAGACUUAUGCUUCUAUUUCUGUUGCAAGCGUUGCUGCUCAGGAAGCCUGUGAAAAGUGGAGGCUUAGAGGAAAUCAAGCCUAUAAAAAGGGGGAUCUUUCUGCGGCUGAGAAUUGUUACAAACAAGGACUUAGUUGUGUAUCUCAAGCAGAAGCAUCUCGUAACUGUCUCAGGGCUUUGCUGCUAUGUUACAGCAACCUUGCUGCCACACACAUGUCUCUUGGUAGGAUGAGAGAUGCACUAGAAGAUUGUAAGAAGGCUGAUGAGAUUGAUCCAAAUUUUCUCAAGGUGCAACUUAGAGCUGCAAAUUGUUACCUUGCUCUGGGGGAAGUUGAAGGUGCAUCACAGAAUUUUAAAAGAUGCUUGCAAUCAGGAACUGAUAUUUGUGUUGAUCGGAAAAUUGCCGUGGAAGCCUCUGAUGGCUUACAAAAGGCACAGAAAGUAUCAGAUGUCAUCAAUCAUUCAGCUCAGCUUUUGCUAAGACGAACCUCAACUGACGCAGAGAGAGCACUAGAACAUAUUGAUGAGGCGCUAAUGAUAAGUUCAUACUCUGAAAAAUUGCUCGAAAUGAAAGCGGAGGUGCUGCUAAUGCUUUGUAGAUAUGACGAGGUGAUUCAGCUAUGUGACAAGACCCUUGAUUCUGCAGAGAAGAAUGCAUGUCCAUGGGAUGCUGGUUGUGAAGUCACAGAUCUGGAUAAUUCACAACUCUCAAAAGGUUUCUACUUCAGAAUUUGGCGCUGUUCAAUGAUGCUUAAAGCCUACUUUUACCUAGGAAAACUUGAAGAGGGUCUUUCUUUCCUAGAGAAACAACAGGAAAAGAUGUCUACCGUAAACAAGAAUGGACGUAAGGUUUUGGAUUCACUCAUACCACUAGCUGCUCUCAUACGUGAGGCCUUGCAUCAUAAGACUGCAGGGAAUGCAGCAUUUCAAGCUGGAAGGCAUGCAGAAGCCGUUGAACACUAUACAUCUGCUUUGUCAUGUAAUGUGGAGUCUCGUCCAUUUGCAGCUGUCUGUUAUUGUAACCGUGCAGCUGCCUAUAAAGCUUUAGGUCAAAUAACUGACGCUAUUGCAGAUUGCAGUCUAUCUAUAGCCCUUGAUGGAAAUUAUUUGAAGGCACUUUCUAGACGUGCAACUUUGUAUGAGAUGAUCAGAGAUUAUGCCCAAGCAGCCAGUGAUCUGAGGAGGCUUGUCUGUCUUCUGAAUAAGGGGUUGGAGGACAAUGUCAAUCAACUUGGAAUAUCUAAUGAUUUGAGACAAAAUCGUGUUCGUCUUUCUGAAGUGGAAGAGGAAGCCAGAAAGGAGAUCCCUCUCGAUAUGUACCUCAUUUUGGGAGUUGAACCUUCUGUUUCGAUAUCUGAAAUCAAGAAGGCCUAUCGGAAAGCUGCACUUAGACACCACCCGGACAAGGCUGGCCAGUCUUUGACCAAAAGUGACAACGGAGAUGAUCAGAUUUGGAAGGUAAUUGCUGAAGAAGUACACAGAGAUGCUGAUAGGCUUUUCAAAAUAAUUGGGGAGGCAUAUGCUGUCCUGUCAGAUCCUGCCAAGCGGGCCCGUUAUGACCUAGAAGAAGAAAUGAGGAAUUCCCAAAAGAAACGCCAUGGACCUAUUGGUAGAAACAAUGUGGAUGCCCAAUAUUACCCAUUUGAACAAAGUAGCAGAAGACAGUGGAGGGAGGCUUAUAAAUCUUAUGGUUAUUCAUCUACCCGAGGCCCGGAACCUGGCCGAUCAAGCAGGAAAUAAAAAAGUUUUCAGGAAUUUAAUACCACGAGGAUUUGGGUUGCUGUUUGACUAUUUAAAUGUGGCCUAGUUAGAUGGUGCCUUUUAAGUUAUCCGCUGCAUUUGACCUUCUGAAUUAACGCAUUAUGCUGAGUUUUGAUGCAUUGAACGAGCUGUUUCGUGGGUUAAUCCUUCGAGUUAGGAAAAUUCUGCAACUGAUGACGUAGCAGUUGGAAAAGCUUGGCUCAUUUGCUGGUCAAUGGUACUGGUCGCUUUGAGAGGUAGAAUUUUCCACUUGGAAAAAGACACGACGGUUGCAUCCUGAGAGUUGUCUUCGCAGUUUGGUUGCUGAAACCAGCACCUGAAGCUUGAAAAUUUUGCAUUAUGGUCGGGCAAGGUAUUUUUUAGACAUGUAAAUUUUACAGACACAGAUUGAUAGAGAUGUACAGACGAAAUUUAAUCAUACCACCACAGCUAUUGUAAUUACCAUACCCAGUUGGGCUUGUGUAGAAAAAGUUCAUACCUAGCUCCACUUAGCAUUUGUUAGGAAUCCUACCAAUGAAUGGGAAAUAUUACGGUUAAGGCUGGGAUUAGAAUCACGUGUAAAACUUCAAUAUCAUGUAAAGUACAUUUAACCAAUUAAUUAAACCAAUCCUUUUAAAAGAAACAUAAAUUAUACU